GCGGUUCCCUGCAGUACAACGCUACAGCUCAUCCUGAUGCACAGUGGUUGGGAACCAGUUGGCAAACGUUUGAGUAAGCGUGAAAACAAGACCGGUUACACUCUUGCUCACAGAUUUGACGUAGCCUAUUGAAAUGGCUCUCAUUUCCAUCGAGGACCUUGCAGAGCUUGAUGAUGAGCAGCUCGACAAUGACAUCACAGACAACUCGGAGCCAAUGGACGACGAGGAGCAGGAGAGGCUCUAUGCCCAUUGGCAGGCUGUGGCCAGCACGCAUCAAGUUUCAGUUCCACAAGAAAUGAGGGGUCCCAUUCAGGAGAUGACGAGACGCAAUCAGGAGCAGGAACAAGUGCCUUUUGCCACCAUAUCUCAGCAUGAGAAGCUGGGCGAGGUGGCAUACGAGGAGAGGGUGUACCCCCCAGGGAAGUGGGCGUGCAUUACCAAGGGGGAGAAACUGUAUGAGCAGAGCAUCUCCAUGGGUUUCAUGAAGCUCAUGCGGUACAUCUGCAAAGAGAACUCAGCAGGUCGCUACCUCGGGAUGACCAUUCCGAUCCUGAAUGAGGUCCACAUGCUGGAGGACGGGAACGGGUUUGUGAAGGAGAUCCUCACAGCGUACUACCUGCCAGCAGAGUUCCAGGACAACCCGCCCGAGCCCACAGACCCCGACAUCACUAUCGUGCACAGGGACGCACUUAGGGUCGUCACCAGGGUAUUCUUCGGCACCACCACAGAGGAGACGGUCAUGCGGCAGGUCAACUUGCUGUGGGAGCUGUUGGGCAACACUGACACCCUGCACCGCGACGUCUACAUGGUGGCCGUCUACGAGAACCCCGGGGCGUCCUGCCGCAGGAACGAGAUCUGGUUCAUCCGCCGCGACUCUUAAACUCUGUGAGCCCGCCCACCCCACACACUGACACACACCCCUCGAGACUCCUGGAUAGCCAGAGAACCUGUAUACACCGACAUACCUGUAUUACCUUAACAUCCCAACCAACCCCAGGAGCAGCACUAGCAGGGUGGGAAAACAGCACAUCACAGAUAAACCAGGGCUCUUUAAUCCACCGUCUCCCACAGUGCGCGAUCCCAUCCUAAGAAUACAUAUUCCCUUUUUAAAGAGUGACAAUCAACCAACGUGCUUACUCUUCAACCUACUGAAUCCUCCUUUCUACUUAAAAUGUACCUUACUAUCAGCCUAUGUUUACCUUUCUUCUCCUGGCCAGUUCAUUACCAUCAUUGGUCAGGCCCAAAAAUAGUCAUCUGUCCUUUUUGAGGUAAAAGCAAAGAGUGUAAAAUAAGCAUCACUGAAAUAAUUACAGAAAUAUUGUAGAUAGGAUAUCAUGCAUGCAUUUUAAUAUCAACUACAGAUGAUGAUGUUUCAGUCAAUGUAAUGUACGAAGGGAAAGACCUUGGAGAUGCACACUGGAGUAUUGUGCAUUGACUCUGCUGUGCCAUUGGUAGGCACCAGUUAAAUUUCUUGUAUGUUCACUGAAUGCAUUCAAUGCAGCUCCUUGAAAAAUCACUAAGGGUCAAAUCUCAGCAGCUCUUUGUGUGAGCUUUCAGAGGCCACUGAUGCAAGCUGGCUUCAGUUAUUCCAAUACAAACAAAUUCCCAUAUAAAUGUAUGAGGUACAAAAGUACCUGACUUUGCCAGAUCUGUCUUUUUUUGCUGCUGUUGCUUUUUUUUGUUGUUGUUGUUGUUGUGUCAAAGUGGGUCAAUGCACUUAAGAAGCAGCAUCUGACUGCAUUUUGAAACUAAAUCCGUCCCAGAUGUAGGAAGGUUGCGUUUGCUGUGUACUUCAGAAAGAAUGACUUUCUUUAGCCUGUGAAUGAGCUGUUUUGCUUUCUACCUGUUUUUAAAAGCAUUUUUGAAUCUGCUGUGUGCAAAGUUGUGUUUCACAGUAAGUGGUAUUGUGCGCUUUUAACAUUUUAGGAUUAUGCCCCCAAAUAGACAUCUCAGUUUUGCUAGUUCAGUUGUAUUCUUAUUUCUGUGCAGUUGAAGUAAUAAAAUCAGUGUACCAGAUUAUUUUUACGAAUUUUUUUUAACUAGAUAGUAGAAAAUGAGCUUUAACUAUGCGAUAAAUGUGUUUUAAUAAACAUGUUUGGAUUAAAAAGCCGAUAAAGCACUUGGUAGAGUACAUACUCUUUUCAUUUCGAUUUAUAUAUGCAUGUGUAACACAAGAGGAGACUUUCUCUAUGCUUCAGUGAAAGUGGUAUUUCAGUUUUUUCAGUUGUCAUUUUUAGGGUUAUUGGAAUUAAAUAUUUUGAUGAUAGAAUCAGGUACAACCCUACAGCAGUGGCCUUAGGGAAAGAUCCACGUUAGCUGGUUAAAGGAAGGUCAUUUCUAAGUCACUGCUGGCUCUCAGGUCAGGAACUUAAUAAAUCAACACUGUCAUUAGUAUACAUAAGCUUCUAUAGUUACACUACACCUCUGUUCUCUUUUCUUACUACAUAUACCUGAAAAGAUAAGUAUAUUAUAUGUUCUAUUAACUGCAGUUACUGUGAAAGUGAUUUGCGAAUUUGGGUGCUGGACAGUACUCUCACAUCACUAUGAGAGUGGCAAUGGGGUACCUCAUUCAUUCUGCAGAGCUAAAUAGACCUUCCACAACCGUUAAGAAAUGACAAUCAUUUCCAUAAGAGUGUCUUGAAGUGAAAAUGUUGGCGGUGGGGGUCUACGGUGACAUCGGAUACUUAAUUAGACUGACAGUUUUUUUUUUUUGUUUGUUUUCUCAAAUGUGUACAUAUUUUCUGUUUUCCACUGUUGUGGCUAUAUGUAUUAUGUGGUUGUCAAUCCCAGUGGGCUGUGUGUGGAUAGGGGAUCCAGUUUUGUAAGGUGCAGUGGUGGCUUUGAUUACUCUGUAUGUUCCUACCACAUUCCAAAGAGAGAAGCUUUUCUCUCCUCAUCAGUUGCAUGGCACUGUUCAAGUCAUGCUCUGCUUUGCUGCCUGUACCAUACAGUUAUUUUCUUUGUGUUCAAUAAAAGGUUUUGGAGUCAGUCUAUCCUGCUUGCCUUGUGCUUUUUUCCCCACAUUUCUUUGAUAU